GUUCCGAAUACGUGUAAGGCUUAAUUGACCCUCCCUCAUUAUGAAUCCUCCGCCCUAACAAGCUGCACUGGACCAAGUCCUGGCCAAUCACAUCGUUUUGCGCCGAGGUCGCGAUAUCAACCUAACGAGAAAACAGUGGUUCCAACUGCAUAAAUCCGACGUGCGGAGAAGGGACAAAAAACGAAAAAGGGUAUAUAAAAGACACGCCCCUCCGCGGCCGACAGUCCCCCACACCCAUUCCUCUGCUCUGCUCUGAUCUUGAAGCAUCCAAGCACCCGAAAACCCCCACUGCGACUCCGACGAACGAUGACAGCCACUAGCGUCGAUGGCCCGCCGCAGACAUGGCAAGCCCGCGUAGCAGCCAAACGAGCCAAAUCCGUAGCCGGCAUCCCCGCAGCCUGGAAGCUGGCGCCCGCGUUCCAGCGCAGCCUCAAUGCAAACGCUACGUCCGGGACGAACCUGAUCGAGCUGGGUGCCGUGCGGCAAAGCGGCGUGCUCAGUGAGAAAGAGAUUGGCAUCACCGAGACGCCCACGGCUGGAGCUUUGCUGCAGCAAUUGCGACGGGGAGAGCUCGCGGCCGAGGACGUCGUGGUUGCAUUCUGCAAGCGUGCUGCUGUGGCGCAGCAGCUGACGUCGUGCUUGACCGAGACGUUCUUCGAUGAGGCGAUUGAGCGAGCGCAUUUUCUGGAUGAGUAUUUGAAGAAAGAGAAAAGGCCAAUUGGUCCUUUGCAUGGGCUCCCUAUCAGCGUCAAGGACAGCUUCUGCGUCAAAGGCCACGCUACCACCCUCGGCUUCGUGUCGUUCCUCGACAAUCCUCCUGCGUCGCAGAAUUCAGCGCUGGUGCAAAUCCUCCUAGAUCUCGGAGCUGUGCUCUACGUCAAGACUAACAUCCCACAAACGCUGAUGACAGCAGACUCAGAUAACAACGUCUUCGGCCGGACGUUGAACCCGCACAACACCAGUCUUACGGCUGGAGGCUCCAGCGGUGGCGAAGGAGCCCUCGUAGCCCUGCGCGGUUCCAUAUUGGGAGUUGGCACCGACGUUGCUGGUUCUAUUCGCAUCCCCUCGCUAUGCUGCGGUGUCUACGGCUUCAAGCCCACACCCAACCGCAUCCCGUAUGGUGGCCAGGUCUCCCCUGCGCUACUGGGCGAUCCCGGCAUCCCUCCCGCUGCAGGCCCCCUUGGCCAGUCGGUGGCCGACCUCCAAAUCUUCUUCAAGUCCGUCCUGGAUGCCGUGCCAUGGAAGUACGACUCCACAGCUUCCGCAGUUCCUUGGUUGGGUCACUCAAUGGACGCCUUGGCCAAUUCAGACAAGGAAUUGUUGACGGUUGGGGUUUUGGCGGAAGAUCCGGAUUUCCCUCUGCAUCCACCAGUCCGGCGAGCCUUCGCGGCUGCAACAGCAGCUCUCGCAAAAGCGGGGCAUAAAAUUGUCCAGCUGCCCCAAGAUACUUUAAGCAGUCCGUCGACAGCGUGCCGUAUUGCGUUCGAACUGUUUUCCAUAGACCCGCUUCAAACGACGGCAGGUUAUAUCAAACGGAGUGGAGAGCCCUUCGUAAAAUCAGUGCUGGGCAGCAUGCCACCUGGUGAACCGAAGAAUUACUCCAUCGACAUGCUUGCGGCGCUUAAUGUCGAGAGAACAGCCUUUGGUGAGAAGUGGCGGCAAAUUUGGGUUGAAAAUGGCCUUGACCUGGUCCUAUCCCCCGGUGCACAGAACACGGCUGUGCCUCACGACACCUAUGGCCUGCCUCCUUACACAGCUCUAUGGAAUCUGUUGGAUUACCCAGCCUGUAUCAUUCCGUACGGGAAGUCGUCCAAAGAGACUGACCCUCAGCCCGUGAAGGUUGAAGCGCCCGCUAAAGGUCCUGAUUAUGACCCUGACGCGGUCCAUGGCGCGCCUUGCGCUAUUCAGAUCAGUACUCCUCCGUUCCAUGACGAAAAGUGUCUUGCGGUUGCAGAUAUUGUUGACCAGGUCCUGAAUGGGAGGAACUGAGUUAGAGAGAAGCAUGGGUUUCACGGACCCUACGACGAUAUGCCGUGGCGGCACCAUAUACUAUGGUCUUGAAUAAGAAUAUCCAAUCCGUCUUGGCUUCCAUAUACCGGCAUCUCCCAAGGCUCAGAAGAAGUCGAACUGGGCAUGGAGUGCGUCCGCUCAUUUGCUUUCCAUGCAGCUUCCAUGAUUUGGCGUAUUAGCAGCUCAUAGGCAGAAC